AUGGACGACGACAAGGAACGGGACGAGUGGGAAGUAAGCAACUACACCCAAAUUAAUGUCGAUCUUCGUAUGGAUUCGCCCUCUUUUCGAAGAGCGAUGCGAGAGAUGCAGGCAAAGAUUGACCAAGAUCGACGAGGACGGAUGAAGCAGAUCGACGCGCUGAAAGACGAACGUGCCAUCAACGACAUACUUAUGAAAUACUGGGAAGCUUUUGUCUCCUCGGAGCUGGAGAUCCAGGAGACCCGAAUCCAUAACUGGGCUCAAACUGCAUUCCAGGCCGUCGCCAACUUGGCGCCGUGCAAACCCGGCGAGGAUGGUCGAUUGCCGUGGUCUGAAGGAGCACUUGACAAGAGCCAGUUUCUGUCCAUCACGUCAAGGGUGAUUCUGAGUUGUUUGGAACUUAUGGAAAAGAGUCCGGAUGAAAAGAACAUGGACAAAUAUGAGCCUCACGAAGAUCUUUUUCGUCAUGAUGGAUUGAUUCGGGAAUUCCGAACUCAACUAGUCAACGAUAUGAACAGGUCAAAAAAUGAGCAUUGUAGGAAGACGAGGAAGGAAAACUACUUCAUACCACUUGACAGCCCACAUGCCAGCGAGGCGAAGCCGGGCGAGGCAGCCAAACCAGAGCUACUGAUCCCGAAUCGUGACCCGAAUCAAACAACCGCCGCACCAGACACCCGCAACGGCAUCGAGGCGCUCUUCCCAAAACACAAAGGUCAAGAUUCACCCUCCGCAGCCGCCAUGGAGUUUGCCAAUAUCCUACCCCUCGGCUGCCACGCCAGUCGUGACUAUAUUUCCUCACACCCGGAAAUCCUUGACGAGUUCGAGUCCACCGGUCUCUUCAUAGUGGCUGUCGAGACAGCUCUCCGCGGGACUGACGACGAGAAAGCAUGGCGACUCGUACACCAGGCAGAAGUGCUGGAUCGGUGUCGUGCGCUUGGACCUGACGAUUUCACCGAGUUUUUCGACAAAGACAUUAUGCUGGACUAUGACAUAUACAUGAACUUCCUAAUGGCCGCCAAGGAGAGGUAUUGGCGGAUUCUGGAGCUACGUGACGCCCUGCGAGAGAGGGUGAGCGCGUCGAGCGGAAUCAGUAACAAUCACUACGUCCCGGAACGGCGACACGCCAUGAAGCGAUCUGAACCUGAGUACCAAUUCCAGACAGCGAAAAUGGGACGGUGCGGAAAGCGAGGGCUGCGAAUUUCGACGGGUUCGACCCUGGGAUCAAGGCCGCGCUGGAGCUCCAAGUCUACAGAGGCUCUAAGCAGAAAAUUGGAAAUGAUGGACCUUGGUCGAUGCUGA